GCUGCUGGCGUGCUGCUGUUGCUGUUGCUGCUGCUGCUGUUUAGCAGAAUUUCUCGGAUACGGAGGACGGAACGGUUCAGUUCGUUUUUGGUGCGAUUCGAUUCGAUUUGAUUCGGUUGGAUUCAGUUCAGUCCGCGGCAACGGCUGCGCCCCAACAUUGCGCAUACGACGUGUGGAACACACACGGCCGAAAAAUAAAUAGUUUGGCAUUUGUUUUGUUGCUGCUGCUGCUGCUGCUGUCGUUGGUGUUGCUGUUGCUGUUGCCGUUUGUUGUUGCUACUCCCGCUGCUUAUCUCGAACAAACUUUUUUUAUAUAAUUUUUUUUUUUACGUUUCGGGUCUAUUGUGUAUUUAAAACAGGAAACUCUAAAUGGGAACACUGAUUCCCCCCGUUCAUCCAUCAGAUAACUCCCAGUUAUUUGCGAAUAAUGUGUGACAUGUAGCGCGAUUCUGCAGGACCCCCAAAAUUUUUGGGCGUGUUUGUGUGUGUGUUUGUUUUGUGUGUGCGUGUGUGUGUGUGGAUACGGAAUCGGAAUCGGAAUCGGUUUCGUAAUGCAAAGACGGCGUUAUGGCACUGCAAGGCUGGCGCUUUUUCGGUGUCUCGGCAACCAUCAUCAUCUACAUAGGCGGCGUCCUGUUCCUGUCCAUGAACAACAUACCCGGAUCACACCCCAAAAGGCCAAGGAUGGAGCGCUUUGCCGAGUUUCCCAGCUUUCAUAGCCCGCGUUUUCCGAUGCCCAGCCGCAAAAUGACGAUACGCUGGUGUCGUGACCUGAAGUACAUAAAUCGAGAUCUUCCAAAUUACACGGACUACAGGGCCGAAUUUUACACCGCAAUGCCCAGCAGCGACCUGAGCGCCGCCCUCCAAUCCCUGCCGGCUCUAACCGCCCUGGCCAGUUUCCCGGGCAGCGGCAACACCUGGCUGCGGUACCUGCUCCAGCAGUCAACGGGGAUCCUGACGGGCAGCAUCUACAAGGACUACGGCCUGUUGAAGACUGGCUUCCCGGCGGAGAACGUGUGUAACAGCUCAGUAUUAUUGGUGAAGACCCACGAAUGGGGCAGCAAGGCGUGGCAGCCCUUCUCGAAAGCAAUACUCCUGGUCCGGGACCCGGAGAAGGCGAUCAUAGCAGAGUUCAACCGACAGAGUGGUGGCCACAUAGGCUUCGCCUCGCCGGACCGCUACAAAAGGACUAAGGGAAAAUAUUGGCAGCAAUUCGUGAGCAAUAAGCUCAAGGGCUGGGAGCUGAUGAACCUCAGCUGGGCCCGCAACUUCACCGGCAGCAUCAAGGUUGUGUUCUACGACGACCUGGUCCACCACACCGAGCGAGAGCUGCGCUCCAUCCUGGAGUUCCUGCAGUUCCCAGUCGACGAGCAGCUGAUGCGGUGCGCCAUCAUGCGGAAGGAGGGUAUCUUCCGGCGCAAGAAGAGGCUGCUCUCCUUCGAUCCCUACACGGAGGCGAUGCGGGCCGAGGUGCAGGCUCGCCGUCGUGUCGUCUACGGCCUGCUGGGGCGCCAGGACCAAGAAUAGCAUAACAGAAGGGCAGGACACUGAACAUCCAAACACCAGGACCACCAACACGCGCAAACACAAGGCACAAUGCAAUCGGAAUUGCAGCACUGGCAGGACUCCAGCCAGGACUCCGGCCAGCCUCAGCCCCCAACACGAUCGAGUAGGACCAUAGAUCUCAAACCGGACAGGAUCUUAUGACCUGACAGUCCGGCAAUCCCCCCGAAAAGUCACUGCGCCUCUUUUCCAAUCCUUUGCCGUUCGCUUGCCGCAUUAGCUAAUUAUCCUUGUUCUGUUUUGAUAAACGUAACUUUAGGACGUAUCUAUAGGUUGACAUUGACAUACGAUAUAUACACGCAUUGUUUUGGUAGGCUAUAUACAUAAAUAUUAUAUAAAGAUUAGGUAACGAUCGCUUGCGUACGCAACAAGGUAUUAUGAUUCCUGAACGAAUUUAUGAAAUUCAUUAUUGGCCAUGUUGUGCUUCAUUGCUCACCCUUCAAGAAACCCCAAGGCGAAACUGAAAUACUCAAGAAACUCAACUCGAAACCGAAUAUUAAAGGCUCAGCUCAAGAUUCGCAACUUUCAUUGGUCAUUCCCCUGGAGCUACCCUAUUAGAUUAUCCUUGUAAAAAGUUUUAUACACGAUUCUACAACAAUUGCUUGUGAAAUAUUAUAUUAACAAUGAAUGACAGAGAUUAGGUAAUUGUACAAAUAAAACACACAAACACUUACACUAAAAUAUAAAGAAGGAACCUACAAAAUCGAAGGAAAACAAUGAAAUGAAUUUAAAACUAA